UUUUCUCUCUGGGGCAAAGCCUCACCCUGCUGGAAAGAAGUUGGUAGAAAACAUGGGGGUGACGCCGGGGGGGGGGCCCUUCCAUGCUCCCACUGUCGAUGGCUGGCAGCAGCGCUGAGCUGGCACCUCUCCCCAUGCUGUUUCCUACAAAAACAAACUUGUUUGCCCAGUGAUGAGGGCAAACAUGAAUCAUUGCCUUACAGCAAAAGACAGGAAAGGGUCUGGGGGAGAAGACGCCCCCAUGUGCUCUCCAGGAAAUCCAGGUGGUUGAGAUGCUUUGGGACGUGUGGGAGAUACCUGCACCUCUCUUCUGAAGAGCACUUUUCCUUGGCCACCAAGAUGCACACCUGGGACCACGUUGACCAGUAGGACAACCUGGGAUUUACCCCCGAGCCCAGUUCCAGGGGGCUGCAAUUCCUACAAAGUCCCACUGAAGGUCUCUGGAGCUGAGGCGCUCGCGGGAGGUGGAUGCCCUGACGUGCACCAAGCUGCAGGCUUUGGCCAAGAGCCACCGUACAUCGCUCCCCUCUGGACUGCUCUGGUGUCACCGGGACUUCUCCAGGCUGGUCCUACCACUGCCAGCACCCUUCUCCCAGGUCCAGCAUCACCACCAGACCUGGACCACAAGUGCCUUCCCCUGCUGGAAGUAGCCCUGCUCCAUGGGGUGAUGUUUCACCACGCUGGCUGGCUGUGCCAACAGAAAACCCAGAAUCUCAAAUCAGGAUUUGGCCAUCAUGCACAGCAGCGCCCGACAUGGGGGAAUGCUGAGGCUGAUGCAAACAAACUCUCUUGCUUUGCUCUGGGAAGGCAGGAGUGGGGAGGAAGAGCAAAGGAAGGCAACGCUCCUCCUCUGGCUGCUGAGCUGAGUUCUUGACUCGCAUCCUUUGGGGUCCAGGAUGUGGGGCUGAGGGCUGGGGGUCGCUCUGUUGGUUCUGGGGGUGGUCCUGCGGCUUGAGAAUGGGGCAGAGCUCACGCUGAGCCCUGCUGUGUAGUGUGUGUUCCCCCCUGCCAGCAAUCGCUGGCACAGGAUGUGGUGGAUAACCCCGAGCGUGAAAAUGCAGAUAGAUAAAUCAGUUGAAAAUUGAACAGAUUAUCUCGUACAACCCAAGCUGCCUCCAGUCUGCGGAUUACCAGGGUUGGUCUGAUGCUGUCACCGGCUUCUGCAGCCCUGUGGGCAUCUGCCUUCCUCUGGCAUGGGCCAUGGGGCGAGGGAGAUGGUGCUGGGCACCUUGGGGAAGGCGACGACAUUGCAGAUCCCCCCCGACCUCCAGGACCUCACCCUGCGUUUUGGAGAGGCUGUCUGGAAGCGGGACACGGAGGACCCGCAGAGGAAACUCGUCCUGCUCAAGUACUUGGAUGGCAACUACACCAACUACAUGCAGGGACGAGCUCUCUUCCACAGACUGAACUUUUCCCUGGAGAUCCUGAACACCAGCCGGCAGGACGGGCAGCUCUACGAGUACAUUGUCAGCAAGGGGCCGGAGGAGAAAGUCUGGCAGAUACAGCUGGAGGUGUAUGAGCCAGUGUCUGAUCCCAGCAUCCAGAUCCUCAGCCAGGUACCGGCUAACGGCAGCUGCACCAUCACCCUCAACUGCACGGCGGCGCGAGGGGACAGCAUCUCCUACAGCUGGGGCAGCCAGGACAGCAGCAUCUCGCAGCUCUGCUCCCACAACGGCAGCCUCCUGCACCUCUCCUACCCGCUGCAGAACACAAGCAUCCCCUGCACCUGCACGGCCAGCAACCCCAUCAGCACCCGGGUCAUCGUCUUCAACUCCUCCAAGUGCAGCUAUGAGCAAGGAGGCAGUGCCGGGCUGAGGAGGGAGCAUCUGGUGCUGCUGGUGGUGUUGCCCAUCGCUGCAGUGAUCGUGCUCAUCGGUGCCUUCGUGGCCACCCAUUUGGCCAUGCCCAUGGCUGGCCGGGAGCAGGAGCAGUCGCCGCUCGCCGAGAACAACGCGGUGCACACCAUCUACUCCCAAGUGCAGCGGGUGCAGAAGCAGAAAUGCCCCGCUGCCGCCGAGCACCCCUCCUGCACCACCAUCUAUGCUGCAGCCACUGGCCUGCCCCCCGACAUGGCCCUGGCCCCCGGCACAGCCCCCCAUGCCCCACGCAGCCCCCUGACACAGCCGCCUGCCCCGCAGGGCCAUGCACCCCUCUCACAGAGCCCCGACAAGGAGCCCAUGACUGUUUACGCCAGCGUGAUGAUGCCCAUGGCCUGAACUUCUCCCGGCAGCAGGCAGCAGCCCAGCCUCUGCUCACUGGCCACCGACAUCCCCAUUCCCAGCUGGAGGAAACCCUGCUCAUCACUUGGGAAUUGGGGCAAACCCCUCCGGCAUGUGCCAACCCGUACCGAAUUGAGCUGGGGCUGCGACAACAGCCACGGAGGUGAGGGAUGGAGGAGGAAAGCAGGGCUGAAGGAAGGCAUGAAAUCUCACCAGGUCACAGCUCAGGGCAGCCAGCAAGAUGCUGAAGCACCAGGAGAAGGUCGAGGGGCUCUGGGUACGACCCUGCAGCCGGGCAUGAGCAAGAGAGAGAGAACUGGCACCUCGGAGGGAAAGAGUUGGUGCAGCAGCACUGGGAAGUGUGGCUGGAGUAGGUCUGGACCCCAACCCCAUCCCUGCCCCGUGGGUUUUCACCCCACAGCCUCAUCCUGUGGCCCCAGAUUCACUAGAGGGAGCCCCCAGCUCAUGACAGCUGGUGACACCGAUGACGCAUGGGGACGUGGCUUCAAUGUAGCAGUGGGAAAAAUAAGAAGCAUUUUUUUUUUGUUUGUUUUUUUCAACCUCUGCUCCACAACCGGUUAUGAAACUCGGUUCAAAGACAGUUUUGCAAUCCCCUCGGGGCUGAGCCCUGCCCUGCGCCGGGGGCACCGGCAGCCCGCGCCUGGGGAAGCUGCCGUGUCCCACCGCACUUUUCCAUCCCCAUCCUUUUCCACCGAUGACUACAGGAACAGGGGAGGUUCUUCCAGGUGGACUAUUUAAAGCUGAAUUUCUGGCUGAGAGGGGGAGGCAGCCCCUGCCCGCAGCAGCUCCUGACUUCCCUGCAGAAAUACCCAGCAAGGGGGAUGCUGGAGGUGGCCUGGAUAAGGGACUAGGGCUGCAAAAAACUUUCAACCCCCUCCCCAUCCUAGUCUGAGCCAUUUUAUAACCCCAGCAUAACUCAGCUCAUGCAGCAGGUCUGAUCUCACGUGCUGCUGUGAAGGAAAAGGAAAAUAAAUUUACAGUAGAGCCUUU